AUUCUAAGCUUUCAAUUGCAUUUACACAAAGCAUAUCAAUGGAUCUCUUCAUUGUCCUAGUGAUUUGUCUUUCUUGUUUGAUUCUUUUUUCUCUGUGGAAAGGAAGCUAUGCCAAAGGAAAGCUCCCCCCUGGCCCGACUCCUCUCCCAAUUGUUGGAAAUAUUCUACAGUUAAAUACUAAGAACAUCAGCAAAUCUCUAAGCAUGCUAGCAAAAGAUUAUGGCCCUGUGUUCACUCUGUAUUUUGGCAUGAAGCGCACUGUGGUGUUGCAUGGAUACAAAGCAGUGAAAGAAGCCCUAAUCGAUCGGGGAGAAGAAUUUUCUGGCAGAGGGAAUCUCCCAGUGUUUGAAAAAAUUGCCCACAAUUCAGGAAUUGUUUUCAGCAAUGGAAACACGUGGAAGCACACCCGGCGUUUCUCCCUCACAGUUUUGCGGAAUAUGGGGAUGGGGAAAAAAACCAUUGAAGACCGAAUUCAAGAGGAAGUCUUGUAUCUGGUGGAAGCGUUAAAAAAAACCAAUGCAUCUCCUUGUGAUCCCACUUUCCUUCUGGCCUGUGUUCCUUGCAAUGUGAUCUGCUCUGUCAUUUUCCAGACUCGUUUUGACUACAAUGAUCCGAAAUUUCAAACCUUGAUGAAGUAUUUUCACGAAAACCUUUUGAUUGUAAGCAGCCCUUGGAUGCAGCUCUACAAUGCUUUUCCACUUUUACAUUAUCUCCCGGGAAGUCACAAGGAGUUGUUUAAAAAUGUUGCUUGCCAAAAAGAGUUUAUUUUGGAGGAAAUAAAACAGCAUCAAGAAUCUCUGGACAUCAAUAACCCUCAGGACUUUAUUGAUUACUUCUUGAUUAAAAUGGAAAAGGAAAAACACAAUAAGCAGUCUGAAUUCACCAUGGACAACUUGGUCAUUACCGUGUGGGACAUGUUUAGUGCAGGCACAGAGACAACGAGCACCACGUUGAGAUAUGGACUCUUGCUCCUGCUGAAGCACCCUGAGGUCUCAGCUAAAGUCCAGGAGGAGAUUGAUCGUGUGAUUGGCAGACACCGGAUGCCCUGCAUGCAGGACAGGAGCCGCAUGCCCUACACGGAUGCCGUGGUGCACGAGAUCCAGAGAUACAUUGACCUGGUCCCCACCAACCUGCCCCAUGCGGUGACUGAGGACGUUCAGUUUAGAGAAUACUUUAUUCCAAAGGGCACAACCGUAUUAAUACACCUGUCUUCUGUGCUGUAUGAUGACAAAGAGUUUCCUAGCCCAGAGAAGUUUGAUCCUGGCCACUUUCUGGAUGCAAGUGGCAACUUUAAGAAGAGUGACUACUUCAUGCCUUUUUCAGCAGGAAAAAGAGUUUGUGUUGGAGAGAGCCUGGCCCGCAUGGAGCUGUUUUUAAUCCUGACCGGCAUUUUGCAGAAUUUUACCUUGAAACCUCUGGUUGAUCCGAAAGACAUUGAUACCACCCCAAUUGACAAUGGGUUAGGCUCUGUACCACCCUUCUAUGAGCUCUGUUUCAUUCCAGUCUGAAGAAAGGGCAGCCUGUCGAACUUCAGAGCAAGACCCUCCAGCCUCAUCUGAACAAACCAGAGGCUGUCUGGCCUGUGUGCCAGCUAUUAUCCAUCUCUAUCUUAAUAGCAGGAAUGUCAUCUCUGAGCCCUGUCUCUUCUAAUUUCCCCCACCCUUCAAAUUUCCUAAAAUUCACUACUCCUCAAAUUUUCCUGCAUAAAAUAAAUAUUACCAUUUCAUCUCCAA